CGACAGCACCCUUCUCUCACUUGUUGAUAAAGGUUUCAAUUGCCCACGGUUGCUUUUUGAUCCACUUCAACCAUACCGGUACACACAAUAGCACCCACAAUGAAGGCGUUCGCUGCAUCUCUAUUUGCUGGCUAUGCCGCUGCCAAGCAAUGUCAGAUUCUCAGUAUCCCCGUAGACAUCGUCUCCCGACAGGGUGUGUUCAAGGAGGUUCCCGUCGAGACCAACCUUGAGGUUGGUGCCUUCGCGACCCGCUUCAAUCAGUACCAGUACAACUACACUGCUGAGCUCCUCACCGGCUUCCAGACUCUGCAGAAGAGCAUCAAUAUCUCUGCGCAGUACUGCAAACCGGAUGGCGGGAGCAAUAGCAUUGUCCAGAUCCUGACUCACGGCAUCGGCUUUGACAAGAGCUAUUGGGACCUGUCCUACGAUAACUACAAUUACUCGUACGUAAACACAGCCACCGCUGCUGGCUACAGCACUCUCGCCAUCGACCGUUACGGUAUCGGCAACUCCACCCACGGCGAUCCCUUCAACGAGAUUCAGGCUCAGGCCGAGGUGGAGGCGCUCAACGAAGUCACUAAGAAGAUCCGCGCUGGAUCCAUUCCCGAGAUUACUUGCUCGUAUGAGAAGGUCGUUCACGUGGGUCACUCCUUUGGCUCUGUGCAGUCCUACUGGCUGUCUGCUCUGUACCCCAACAACACCGAUGGUGUCGUUCUGACUGGUUACUCCACUGCUGGCCAGUUCCUCCCAUACAUUGUCGCUGGUUGGAAUCUCCACAGCGCACGUCUCAACCAGCCCUUCCGCUUUGGCAAUGCUUCCUCCGCGGGCGUCCAGGCGCUCGCCCAGAAGUACGGUGUGUCAGGCGACGUCGUACCCGGACUCACAGCUCUGUUAAACCAAAUCAGCGUCGAUGUUAGCACAGAUGAUGUAUGGCAAUACGUCGCUUCUACUGAGGUUAACGACCUAAUCAAUGGCUACAAUCAUACCGUCUUCCAGUACGACUACCCCUCUGGCUACUUCGCUCACUCCGCUCUCACUGCCUUGCAGUAUGCCUUCCUCUUCCCCGACCAGUAUGACACUGGCUUCGCUGUUGAGGGCGAGAAGACCAAGCAGCCCGUCACUGCUGGGGAGCUCUUCACUAUCGGCAACGCACCCAUGAUGUCUCCCUUUACUGGACCCGCUUUUGUCAUCACCGGCGAGCACGACGUACCUUUCUGCGGCGGUAACUGCUACGGCAUGGUCCCGAAUAUGACUGCCGCGAACAUUCCGGCUGGUGUUAUAGCCACCUUCCCUGCCGCGUCCACCUUCGAGGCCUACAUCCAGCCUAACACUGGGCACGGUCUGAACUUCCAUUACAAUGCGACCGCUGGCUACCAGGUUAUCCAGGAUUUCCUUGGCCGUAAUGGACUCAAGGCCUAAGCGGCUGCGCAACGCUAUCUCCGCGGUGCCAAUGCUGCCUUCCUCCAGGCUGUGGAAAGUGGCCCGCGUUUAGUGACCCGUGCGUGUCAUCGCAUUUAAUAAUUGCAACCAGCUGAAAUGGUGUAAAUGCAAUCUCCAGCAAGAUGAUACUAUCCUAGAAUUCACACAACCAACGUGCUGCUACCGCGGAGCUGGAACUGCUUUAGACUUGUCGUACUAUUGAGGCUUAAGCGAAGGAGCGUACAUCCAUACCCACAUACCCUAUAACUAUUCGGUUAACAUACGAGUAAUGUAAUCAUCUAAUGACAACGAAAACGGC